CUAACUUUGGUUUUCACUGGGAAAUUUUUAACUAAAUUCCGGAAUUACUCCGUAAAACAUAUUACUCGAUAUGUAUAGAAAUAGCUAAGUGGAUAAAGCGUCUGAAAGAUGAAGUUGUUGUACAGUGGUCUAGGGUUCAAAUCCGGCAUAUCCGGCUAGGUCUGUCGUUUCUUUAUGUUACGAUGAAUAAAGCUAUUGUUUUGUUUUAGGCUACUAUUUAAUUUUUGAUGUUGGAAUGUUGAAUGUUGGUCCAAUGUUGUUUUGCGCCACUAUUGGCCACUAUUGAUAAGUUAAUCCCGGAUCAACACUGCUUGCCGGUGUUCUACCAAAAUACAUGUGUAAUAUUGGCAUAGCAGAAAUGGAAAAGGUUUGGCGACUCAAGUUGGAAAUGACCCGGGCCGAUGUGCGAUUCUGAUCCUGAACCAAUGGCCGAUUCUGUAUCGGCAACAACAUUGGACCUACAUAAAAUUCCUACCCGGGCAGGGUGUGUAACAGCUUUUUUUACGUGAAAUCCGAUAUCGUUUCUACUGAAAACCGAUUUCACGAUAAAAUAGAGCAAGAAAAGCUCUAUUUAACUGCAAAUGACCAGACUAAAUGAAAUGGUGCAAAGUAGCAACCAGACUCAGGUGUGUAACAGAAUUUUGACACCUAGUGGUAGUUUUUCGUAACUGGCAACGCUGUUUUACGGCCCGCUUUUUUCAAAUUUCAAUACAAGCAUACAUGAAUAUUUUUAGAAAAUAUUUGAAAAAAAAUUUAAAUAUAGAAUAUAAAUACUAUACAUUUCAAUUAUGUUCCUCGUCUUCAGCUGUAUCUAAUCACUUGGCAACGCAGUUAUCGUCUGCAAUUUUGUUUACACAAAUUAGUUUCACAAAGUUAUUUUUAAAUGUAAGAAACGAUUUAAAAUAUGAGUUUGACCAGUGCUUCCGAGAAAGAUCACCACAUGGUGUGUGUUUUACCCUUAGAUGAAAAGGACUCGAAAGAAAAAAUCUUUUUGUUUACGGAAUCUACAUUAGCUAUGUGCCAAAAUGCUGAGCUGGUUUAUCGCUUUCGUAGUCAAUCUAAAUUUCGUAAUAUACAAGUUCCAAGCUCUCCGAAUGCUAGCAGUGGCUAUCAUGUGAAAUGCUAUAGAAAAUUUACAUCAGUUUCAAAAGAGGAAAUUAAAGUUGCAUCAGCAAAGUUGGACGAGCUACAAUCAGCUACCACAAUCACAAGUCCAAUAAUAGUCCAACAACAUAUGCAACCAACACCACUCGAUUCAGACAACAUAAAUGCUGACUUUCGUAAUUUGCGUUCUGGACGUCCACCAACACCAAAGACUGUUUUUGAUCAAAACUGUUUAUUUUGUGAUAAAACUAGAAAGUUAAACAAAGACAAAGUUAGGGAAUCCAUGGCCAAAUGCCAAACGAUCGAAAUGAAAGGAAAUAUUGAAGCAAAUGCCAAAUUGCUGAAUGAUACAGUUUUUUUAGGAAAAAUUUCUUCGAUUGGAGACUUCAUCGCAAAAGAAGUGAAGUACCACCGCUCCUGCCUAAUUGCAUAUCGCGAUAGAGCAAAUGCAGAAAAACAAAAGAAAGUAGAGAAAGAGGCUUCCUCCUGGCAGAGAAAAAAAGAUAUAUGCCAGAAAGCUCUGGAAUCUACAACUGCGUUCAUGGAAACAAAACUAUUCGUUUUCAGCAAUGUUCUUCGCAUGCAAGACAUUUUUAACCACUACUUAUUUACAUUACAAGAAUUUGGGCUAGAUGAAAGUGAUAUAAAAAAAGAAAAUGCCAAAAAAAUCAGUAUUGGAGAAAAAAUUUUGCUUCCCUUUGGUGACCGAGUCACGAAGUUCAUUCAUCCGACUAUUACUGUUGGAAAAAUAGUGUUUAAAGCAACAAUUUCCAUGGAUGAAGCAUUAAGCACUAAAUUUGGAACACACAGGAAUAGUCCUACCAAGAUCAGAGAAGCCGCCUUUGUACUACGGAACGCUAUUUUCAAGCAGCCCAAAAAAUAUUUCCCUUCUAAAGUAACUGUAAAGGAUUUUAUUGAAGGUGAAAUUCAAGUUCCGCCACUAUUGAGCGAGUUCUUUGAAUGCCUGGUUGCUGGCCACAUCAACCCAACAAAAAUUCGCGAAGGAAAACAAAUCAGAAUUAAGUCUCUUUGUGAGGAUUCUAUUUUCGCAGCUACAAAUGGAAGGUGUAAGCCUUCCAAGCAUGUUUUGCUCUCCUUAGUAAUGAAGUCGGUGACGGGAAGCCGAAAGGCUAUUGAAGUACUAAACAAAUUCGGCCAUGGCAUAAAUUAUCAUGCUACUGAAGAACUGGAAACGGAGCUUACCUAUUCUACAAGUGAUGAUUCAAGGCUUCUACCCUGGGGUUUAGAGCGACAAAAUCAACUACAUACCGGUAAAUAGAAAC